AUGUCUGCACAAGAUGAAGGCUAUCAGAUUGCCCUCCAGGAGGCGAAGAUCGGAGCGGCUGAGGGAGGAUUUCCAGUGGGUGCAUGUAUCGUCAGUAAGGAUGGAAAGGUCAUCGGGCGUGGACGCAAUAUGAGACAGCAGAGCGGCAGCCCGAUCUUGCAUGGGGAGACGGCAGCAUUUGACAGUGAGAGAGGGCUGCCAACGUCUGCGUUCCAUGGCGCGACCCUAUACACCACAAUGUCGCCGUGCUGGAUGUGUACUGGUGCUUCAGUCUGGUUCCAGGUUGGCAGGGUCGUGAUUGGAGACAGCACGACAUACACCGGUCCCGAAGAUGUUCUGCGGAACAAUGGCAUUGAGGUUGUUGUCCUCAACACAGAGGAGUGCAUCAACAUCUCGAAGAAGUUUAUUGAGAACUCUCCUGAGAAGUGGUCGGAUACAGUGAGAUAG